GACGCAAUCGGGGAUGACGUCAGACAAACGUCCACUGGAAAACACGGCCGAGUCUUAACCAAAUUGCCACUGGAAGCUAGUCGGCUAUAUUUGUCACGUUAUACGCGAAGCUGGGUUAAUUAUUGGUGUCGCUGAAAACCCCAUGUGCGGGUUUUAUGCAGGCUGUCUUUCCUGGGCCUCGCUUUCAUGUCAUACCUUUAAUGUUUGUUUUUCUGGCUGUUUUUAAUUGGCUAGGCUGGCGAGUUGAAUCGCUAGAUAAUUAGCUGGAUGGCUAGCUAAACGUUAAAGCUCGCAUUGGCUGUGCGGAACAAUGAUGGCGUUUUAAGUCCCCGAUAAGCGGUUGCUUUGCAAUUCCGGGGUUGGUACGGGAGGGAGGGGGGACUCUAGCUAGCAAGCUAACGAGCGAGGACCGGGAGAACACCUACUUUUUUCGGAGCUACUAAAAUGGAUUUCGAAAAUAUAUUAACGCUUGCCUCUCAAAACCAGGGCCUCAGCGCUUUGCCGACGAAGCGGUAUAGUCUGCAGGCGGGCCCUGCGAAAAAGCACCCCAGGGUUAAAGGUGUGGAAUCAGCUGCAGUGCAGGCCUUCCUGAAGAAGAAAGAGAUGGAGCAAAAAAAGAAAGAGAUGGAAAGCAAAAAAGUAAAAGAGGAUUUGUUGGCAAAGAGGGUGGAACUUAAGUCUGACCGGAAAGCUCGGGCGAUGGCGUCACGGACCAAGGACAACUUCAGGGGCUACAAUGGCAUCCCUGUGGUGGACCAGCCUAAGAAGAGGCAUCCGAAGGGUUAUCCAGUUCAGGAGGGCAUGGAGGACUUUGUGGACGAUGAGGAUAACUAUGAAUAUUCACAGACAGACUCUGAGCCUGAGCCCGAGCCCGAGCCUGAGCCUGAGCCCGAGCCUCGGAAUGAUAAAUCCCUCGCUAAAUCUUCCGGGAGGCCUUCUGGCCCAGGCAGGCCUUCUGGCCCAGGCAGGCCUUCUGGCCCAGGCAGGCCUUCUGGCCCAUGCAGGCCCGUCCCGCCGCCCAUGAACUUUGAAGAUCUCUUGAAACUGGCCCAGAAGAAGCAGUUUGAGCCGGUUGAGCUGAAACCAAAAAAGAAAAGCGAAGAGAGACUCCGGACGGCCGAGGAACUGAGAGAGCUGGAGCUGGAGAGGAGGGCAAAGAGGCAGGAUAGAGGGCGGGAGGCGAAGCCAGAGAGAGAGCACAAACCCCAGGGUAACCCCAGUACCUCAAAGAAGUGUUUACAGGAAAAGGACGCAUGGAAUGGCAAGUCUCACAGGAGCUCCUCUGAGAAGCUCCCACAACGGGGUUCAGGGAAGAAGCCCAAAGCAGCUGCUUCUGGCGAGCGGCCACACGGGAUCGCCAAGCCGUCUCAGGGAGACAAGCAUGUGUCCAGCACCUCCAGUGCCUUAAACAGUAAAACUACAGCCAAAGCUAGUUCUCAGGCCCCCAGUAAACCCCCAGGCCCACGGCCUUUUCCAGGGCAGAAGCCCAUGUCCAGCAGUGACCUUAUGCAAAAGCGGGGCAACCCCCCUGUCCCACCGGGAAAGACGUCUGGAUCGGGGAUCCGGCCGGGUGUUGCCUCCAACUCCGCACCAACCCGAACGCAGGUCAUGGGCCAGAUGCGACCCGGAGCAGGCGGCUCAGUCAGACCGAGUCCAGGCAGUGAACACAGCAGGUCUUAUGUCGUAAGUGGUAUCGGCAAACAAAUCAGGCCCGGCCAAGGCAACUCAGGGAAGGUGACGUCCACCACAUCUGCUAGGUCAGGAACGGCGGAACCAAUAAAGUCAGCCCGAUCCAGUGACAAUGGACAAAUGCGAUCUGGUGCAAGCGGUCCUCCCAGGUCGGGGAUUCAACCACAGGCACGUCCCGGGGGGAGUUCCCAGGUCCGCCCUAGCAAUGGUGGAAUUUGCCCUCCAGCAAACGGACCUGGGCGGCCAUGGAGUGGCGUUGCCGGGCCUGCAAACAACAUGGGUUAUGACCCUGGGAGGCCCAAAUGUACGGUGGUAGCUGAAACUAUCUCGUCUAAAAACGUAGCGCCCAGACCUGGGAUGCCAUCGAGACCUCCUCCAGGUCACAGACCGGUGAUGAGACCUCCAGGUCCAAUGCUACCUCCAAUUACAUCCAGUUACAAACGAAAAUAUGAAGACGAGUAUGACCCUGAAAUGGAUGAUUUCAUUGAUGAUGGAGGUGUAGAACAAGACGAAAUCUCCAAGCACAUCAGGGAGAUUUUUGGCUACGAUCGGAACAAAUACCAAGAGGAGAGCGACUAUGCACUGAAGUUCAUGGAAAGCAGCUGGAAGGAACAGCAGAAAGAGGAAGCUAGAAGUUUACGAAUGGGCAUCAAGGAGGAUGAAGAGGACAUUCGGAUGGAGGAAGAGGAGAGACAAAGAAAACUGGCAGUGAAGACAAAACGAAAGAGAAUGUGAGAUUGUUAAAGAAGUGGAACGCGGCCGACGUAUCUGCUUUUGCUUCUGCCGUUGUGCUAUUUAUUUCCCGAGGAGCUGGUUUGCACUAUCGGAGAGCCCCACUUUCAAAAUGGAUCUACACCCAGUGAGGGAUGAAAAUAUAAUAUAAUAUGAGAAUAAUGGCCUGAGAAUUGUUUUUAUAACUAUAUAAAAAUUAUGAGAUUUCUGUACAUUCAGUUGCUUUGCUUCUUGGAGAACAGCGUCUGUUUCCCGGUUAUCGUCGGGUGCAGAAUACAAGAACCACGGUCAUUACCUGUAGACUUUUAGUUUUAUUAAUGCAGAUAAUUUCAUGAGACAUUUUGCCAUUCUGUUAACAUCUGUUAUUUCUUGUUUAUAAAGAAGAAUGACCUUUCACUUUU